ACUGCGACAAGGACUCGGAAGGAGGGGAGAACAUGAGUUUGAUUGACAGCCGUUUGUCCAUUACACUAUUACAGUUGCUGUCCAUUGAAAUGCCUCUCAAAUAGAAUUGACCAGUUACAAUAUGCCUGGGGCGUGUGCUUGUCGUGUACGAUUAAGAUGGGUUUUGCAAUAACAGCGUCUAGGAUUGAUGCAGGAGGGAGGCGUUUCUGUGGUUUGAUGUUGUGUUAAGGGAACCGAGAGUAAGACGUGGCGGGAGUGUCAUCUGGUUAACAGUUCCAAGUGUCUGUGAGGAAUACCUUCCGAGACGGAAUAAUGUCGUACUGGACUGCGGAUCCAUUACUGGUUUAAUUUUUAACGUUGCUGACCACAGCAAAUUACUCGUCGUCCAUAUAGAUUCCUUUACUGGUCUGCCUUUUGCCUCAGGAUUUUCUGUGGCCUUUUUAAGACCUGCAUGUUUUGCUGCUCAAUAAUAUGGACAUCAUAUGGAAAAUACUGUCGGCUGCAGUUUCUCAGGAGUAUUAUUUGGUAAUAAGUGGGCAUUAUUAUAUUAUUUCAUCUUUUGCAGCAACUUGUGAAUAACCGAAUAAGUUUAUAUCUAGGAUUUUCCUGUUCUGUGCACUUAUUUCGUUUACACCUAAGAUUUCACAUAAUCUGUUUUGAAAUCUAACAUGGACUGAAAUGUGUGUUUGGACAGCAGCUCCCCAGAGAAGCCAAGACCCUGUCUGAUCUGUUUACGGUGUUUUUGCUGAGGUUGGUGCUUUGUUGUGUACAGUUCCGGGCUUUGCUUGUGACUGCACUUGGAUACCCUGGGAAGUGGAAGGACUGCAUGACAGCUGUCUCUGUGGUGCUGUUGGAUUGGGCCGCUGCAGGGCCACUCGUUGAUGUACUACCCUAUAUGUUUUACGCAGGCCUCUUCUUUGUGAAUGUGCUGCUUCUGUACUAUGCCUUUCUCAUGGAAUACAUUGUGCUAAAUGUGGGGAUUGUGCUACUGCCAGAGGACAUUGACCAGGCACUUGUAGACCUUGGUGUACUUUCAGACCCUGGUUCUGGGCCUCCUUAUGAUACAGGUAACACUGACCUAGAUGUCUUUGAAGGUUAUUUGGAGUGAACACCUGACCAGACCAUGGUGCGGGACAGAGGGCGAGACUCAAGAGAGAGACUUCCUCAUUUUGGUAACUUUGACCAUGAAUGGAUACUGAGUGACAGUCCAGCACUUUGAACUGAACCAUGUAAUCCUUCGUAUUACCUGCAAAAAUGCAGCUUUUCAACUCCUUUUCUGUUUUGGAUGCUCUCCAACAGCUGCUUUGCACUUGUCCAGUACCAGAAAACAAAGUACCAAAAAGCAUGGCAGGAAAAUGAAUACAAAAGGUUAUAGCAGCUAAGGAAGAUGCAUUGAAUGUUGUAGUAAAAGAAACAACAGUCUGUCAGAUCUGCAGAAGAAAAAGUUGGCUGAGUGGAAGUGAAUGUCCCUUUCAAAGGAAGUCCUUUGUAGAGGAGAGAAGUCGUCAUCAGCAAGCAUACGAGAUGUAAAAGUAUUUCAAAGCAGAAUACCUGCAGCCACUUUGCACAUGCUUAUCAAAUAAGCUGUUUAGUCUUCUGUUUUAAGUACUUAAGUUAUUUACUCAGUUGUAGUGUAAUAUUCUGUACUGUCUGCUACCAUACACUGUGUUCAAGUAUACUUCAGUACUUUCAUUUGUAAGGUCUUAAGACUGAGUAAUUUUAUCUUUGCAUAAACAAGGUGAUCAGGGUUCAGCUGUUUACCAGUUUAUUUUCUAAACAUGUUGUAGGCUAAUGUUAGUGAGUCACUUAAUACUGCCAAAACUAUAGCUUUGGCAUAUUACUGUUAGCUGAAUAAGGUAGUCCCCUCCCCCACUAAGCCACUUUCAUUUAACUUCGGCAGCUGUCUGGCAGUGGGUUGUUGGUAGGUCUGUCUUGUGUUAAGUGGGAUAGUGCACUGUGAUUUCUUCAGUCAGGUGAGCAUAAAACUGUCUAAGCUUAACAGAGGAGCCAUAAUUAUUUACAGCUUUGGAAAUGCAUCUGCUGUCCCCCACUGCCAUGGGUUUGUGGGAUAGAUUCAUGGGUUCAUAGAUAGUUACUAGGCUUGCAGUCCUGGAGACUAUUAAGGAGCCUAGCCCAAAUUCUCAAUUGCCCCAAAGUGCUAUCUGGUUAAAUGACUUGCUCAGGGUCACACUGUAGGCAAAUGAGUGCUGAGGGAAUACGUCCCUGGCCCACGGGAAGUAGCCAGAGAACAGUUCACAGCAUUAAUCCCCUGCCCUGUCUGCCUGAGCGCAAUCCAGAUAGCCUGUGUUUGAGUACCUGUUAUGGUGGGAAUGGGCCUAGAAGGAUGGGAGUUAGCAGAUGCUGCUGGCUGCCCCAUUUUGGGGGAGAAGAGAGAUUAUUCUGAUACCUCACUUAGGUGAUACAUUGUGGGAGCAUUGAGUGUUGUACCUAUGGAGCAUGAGCCUGCAGUGCACAUGCUAUCAAGUUGUGCAGACCACUUAGCAUCGUGUGUGUGUGUGUGUGUGUGUGUGUGUGUGUGUGUGUGUGUGUGGUGUGUAUGUGUGUACAUAAACACUCGAGCUCCAUAACAUUGCCUAAUCUAAGGUGAGAGAGUCCAGGAUGGGGAAAGAGUCCUAGCAGUAGUCUGCUGCACAGGACCUAGUGACUGGUCUGCUCUCUGCCAUCCAACGCUUGCUACUGAAAAACAAAUGAGCCAAUUGGGGUUCUUUGGCAGGAGUGAAUGGGACCUUAGUGCUGUCGCCAAGCUCACAGAUACCCAGGUUUCACUCUCUGCAUAUCAAAUGGAUCUACUGGGUACUGGUAAUGGAGCCAUGUGACAUCGCCCUGUGGAGAAGACAAAGGGGAAGGAAAUGCAUUAUCUGUGGAAACCCAUAGUUUUUCCAUUGUCAUUGCCUGGCAGUUGCUGAAAAAAGUUUAGAUGAGUUAAUAGUCUAGUUGUAGGCUGCCUUAAUUCUGUACUUGCUCAUUUCACAUUAUCAGUGUUAUUGCAUGCAUGCAGAAAGCACGAUUUCUGGGAAAGUUUAAAACCGUAUUUGAGAACAAUAACUGUAUUGAGUUGUCAUGCUGUAAAAUGUUUGCACACGUUUACCACAAUGAAAUUUUUUAUUUAUGUUUGGGAAGAUUCUUCACAUCAUUUAAGUGUUUUAAAGGAACUACAUUUUCUGAUUUGUAAUGUAUAGUCCAAGUAAUAUGCCAAAAAUUGCCAAUAGUUACUUAAGGCUGGAAGGAUUUAAUAUAUAUAAUGCUUCUUGGAUUAUCACUAAUUUAAAUGUAGUGCCGUCAAAACAGUAUUAUCUCUGGGAUUAUUAAAUGGUUAACAAAAUGAAUUUCAAAUUCAAGAAUAUCAAAGCAAUAAAUACGUAAUGUUUCACUUUUAAUAAAAAGUUGGCAUAGGCAUCAGCCCCCUUUUCCCCAUUUUGUACAUGGGGUCAGAUGUCGCAUCACUAAAAUAUGAUUUGCUUUUCACAAAGUAACCUAGCACUUUUCUGUAGAACUGGAGAAUUUAGAACAGCAUGUGCAGGAUAAAAGAGUUCCAGAAAAAUAAAUCAAUCAACCAUGUUUUUCAAACAUUAGGUAUAACUUGGAGAGAAGGGGAACAAUAGCACAACAUUGUGUUUUCAUUCCUCAAAAUGUUAAGACUGUAUGCCUCCUUAGAAGGCAGAGCCUGCUUUGUGCCUUUUAUUAUUUUAUUUUCAUUUGAAGUUUCUCUUUGUCUACUUUCAUGUAACAAAAUGGUUAUUCCACAUACCGUAAUGGUACUAAAAUGGUUUGAGGUGUGUUGGGGUAUUUGAUAAUAUACUGUAUAUAAUGGAAUUAUUAAAAUAUCUAAUUUGUAAA